ACUGAGCUUGCAGGACAGAUGCCUGUAUCAGUUAGCUAACCUCCGUGGGAAACAAUGGGGCAGCGCUGUCCGGAAAAGCAUGUGCAAUGCUCAGUGGACAGAAAAAGGGAUAGUCGAGCUGAUAAUAACGCUUCCUGUGUUUUGCACUAUUUCGGUAUCUGAAACACACAAAUAAAAAAAAAAACUCAAAACGUUAGAACGGGCAAUGAUAUAGCACGUUGACUGUCUUGAUGGCUUGAACUGAAAUAUCGAACGACUGUCCUCUGAAAGCAGGGCCAGCUGUGGGAGAGGGGGGCAGGGGCUGCAGCCUCUCCACACCCCCCUCCCCCCCCCUCCCCUCCCUGCUGUCAGAGUUACUGGAGCGGGGUCCGCUGGGGAGGCGGAAAGCUUUUUAAAGCAACAAGAGCCAUCGACUUCAGAGGGGUCAGCUAACUGGAUAAAGUGUCCUGCAAUCUGAUCUCUCUCUCUCUCUCUCUCAGCGUCACACGUGGGUGUAAUUCUAACCCAUCAGCGCCCUCUAGUGACCGGAGCCCUCACUUGCAGUGUCCGCUUGCAAUUCCACACAGUAGGAACCUGACAGUUGUCACAAUGACAUCAUCUGCUUAUGCAUUUUGAAAACACGGCAUUUAUCAGACUUCACUUUUGCGGUUAACACAAUUAGAUCAAGUUUGUAUAGUAAUAUAGUUCAAGAGAAAAUUUAAAUAACAUAGAGGACGACUUUUUUUGGCGUUACUCGUGUUAAAAUAAACAACUUUAGCAUUAAAUUUAGAAAACUAAACAAUACACUGUUGGUGCACAGAUAACAAUAUUUCAUUGGCGCGGCUAUUAUUAUUAUUUUUUGUAACAGUAGGGUUUUGGAAAGUCGCAACCGAGCUAUAUCGCACAGGCGUGUGCAGAAGAGUGCCACAACCAAGAUGGCGUCUCCACUGUGACGUUCCGCAGCCGGGUGUUUUCCGUUCGUGGCCACGCCCUCUGACGUCAGGACGAGCCGGGGCAGGUGAUUGGCCGGCGGGUAAUUUUGAAUAGAAACGGCAGGAGGAACUGCAGGCAGAGAUUGCGCUAAUAAUGAGCUAUUAAACAUUAUAGAGGAUUUAUAAGAAAAUUAAAAAGCGGUUAAUAUCUCCCGUGUACCGUGACUUUGGAGAGAAAAACUAAAAACGGGAAUGGAGACGGCAGUGCUGCAGAUGCACAGCCGCUUUGAUCAGAUGCUGAGGCAGGCUGAGGUGCUCAAUGAAGGCAUGGAACCUCAGUUCCUCCAGCUGGCCCGGGACUUCGAGGAAUGCAGGCGGCGGUGGCAGAAGACCGACGUGGAGCUGCUGCGCUGCAAGGAGAUCCUGUCGAAGGCAGAGACGGAGCGCAGCGCCCUGGACGUGAAGCUGAAGCACGCCCGCAACCAGGUGGACGUGGAGAUCAAGCGCAGGCAGCGAGCCGAGACCGACUACGAGAAACUGGAGCGUCAGAUACAGCUCAUCAGGGAGCUGCUGAUCGCGGAGGGUUCCACCAGUAUCCAGCUGAGUGACGAGCAGAGAUCCGCCCUGGCAUUCCUCAAUGCCAGGUCUCAGCCUACAGGGCUCAAUACCAGCAAACGGUUGUCCACGAUAGACGAGUCGGCGUCCAUGAUGUCGGACAUCAGCUACGACAAGACGGACGACUCCUUGGACUGGGAUUCCUCCAUAGUGAAAACCGUGCGCCUGAAGAAAAGGGAGAAGAGGCGUUCCUCCCGACACCAUGCAGACGGCCCCUCUACAGCAGCCAAGCGGUCACGCUCCACUGGAAGAACCUCCGACAAGGGGAACGAGUCUAUUGUGACCAAGACUACCGUGACUGUUCCUAGUGAUGGAGGACCCAUAGAGGCCGUGUCCACUAUUGAAACGGUGCCCUACUGGACACGCAGCCGCAGAAAGACAGCUAACCUGCAGGGGUGGGACAGUGACUCGAUCCUCUCUGAGAAUGUGGGCACGGAGAACGUCAGGCUGCAGAAGAAGCCGGAGAUGGAACACUACCAGCAGCCCGGCACCCCUCACAGCAACGGCUGCAUCAGGCUGCACGAGUUUGUGUCCAAAACGGUGAUCAAGCCUGAGUCCUGCGUGCCCUGUGGUAAGAGGAUCAAGUUUGGGAAGCUGGCACUCAAGUGUCGGGACUGCAGAGUGGUGGCUCACCCCGAGUGCCGGGACCGCUGCCCUCUGCCCUGCAUCCCUUCCUUGACUGGGACCCCUGUGAAGAACGGAGAGGGAACCCUUGCUGACUACGUUCCUCCCACCUCUCCUAUGAUCCCAACACUGGUAGUUCACUGUGUGAACGAAAUCGAGCAGAGAGGCUUGAGAGAGACGGGUCUGUACCGCGUCUCUGGCUGCGACCGCACCGUGAAGGAGCUGAAGGAGAAGUUCUUGCGUGGGAAGACGGUGCCGCUGCUCAGCAAGGUGGACGACGUGCACGCCCUCUGCAGCCUCCUCAAAGACUUCCUGAGGAACCUGAAAGAGCCUCUGCUCACCAGCCGCCUGAACCGACCCUUCAUGGACGCCGCAGAAAUCUCCGAUGACGAUAACAGCAUUGCUGCCAUCUACCAGACGAUCAGCGAGCUGCCUCAGCCCAACAGGGACACGCUGGCUUUCCUUGUGCUACAUCUGCAAAGAGUGGCUCAGAGCCCUGACACGAAGAUGGACAUCUCCAAUCUCUCCAAGGUCUUUGGACCCACAAUAGUUGGCCACGCAGUGCCUGAUCCAGACCCGAUGACGAUACUGAAUGAUACCAAACGCCAGCCAAAGGUGAUGAUGCGCUUGCUGUGCCUGCCCGUGGAGUACUGGAGCCAGUUCCUGAUGGUGGAGCAGGAGAACCUGCACCCAGCACACAUCAUCCAGAACAACAACGCCUUCUCCACCCCUGACGGCAAAAUUAGUAUUCUGGGACCCCUAACCACUCCAGAGCAGCAGAUGUCUAAAACACCUUCCUCCAGCUCUCUGUCUCAGCGAAUGAAGACAACACUAAGCAGGACAACUCCCAAGUUUGGAAGCAAGAGCAAGUCCACCGCUAACUUUGGUCGCUCGGGCAAUUUCUUUGCUUCUCCACUCCUGAAAUAAGAGUUUACUGGAUUCCAAUAUUCCCAUGGCUUAACGGAAGUGUCAUCUAUAUAUAUUUUUUAUAUGUAACUCACAUUUUUAUUGUGCUAUUUGUAAAUCGCUGCCUUCCAGCAGGGAGAUGGUAUACUAAUGUUUUUAGAUCUAUAUAUACUAAUUGUAUUUAAUCGGACGACUUUUUAAAAGUGAUUACAAGCCUUUCUUUUUAAAGUUUUAAUGGCAUUCUUUUAAGUUUUUUUGCAAAAUUAUGACCAAAGGGAAACACUAGUGGAGUCAUCCUGCAAUGUAAGAAUUUUUUUUUUUUUUAAAAGACCUAACUUAAGUUCCAUUUGUAUAAAUAUCUGCGAAACUAGAAAUUAAUGCCAUUACAGCUUCUGCAGUGGCACAGGGCUUGUGUUCUGUGCCAGUGAACUUUGAGGAACUGUAAAUAUUCAAUUGACGUCCUGGCUGGCAACUACAUGUACUUGAACGCAGUAUUAAUCCUGGGCUGGGAUGGGUGUAAAAAGCGUCACCCUUUGUGUGGAACUGAGAGAAUACCUUUUAUCUCUAGUCUAAAACCCUCUUUGGGGCCAAGGCGUGCCAGAAACUGCUGAUAUAUUUUGCAACCUCUCCCAAAAGGAAAAUGCAUUUCUUAUUUGCCUCUAUUGGUUCAGUUAGUAAAACUAUGUCUAUUCUGUUUGUAUUUUAAAUACUAGUAUCGUGUUGGUACACACGGGUAAAACCCUGGCUCAACUCCAGCAAUACCUCCAAACAAUGGGGCGACAGUCAUCUUUACCUACCUGCAGUUUCUCAACAUACUCACCUUUUGCAAAGGGAAAAGCACAUGUUCAACCUGCCAGUUAACAGGACCUUUAGUAACUGUGUGUGUAUUGCAAGUGGCGUCAGGACUUUAUCUAACCUCAAUUCUUAUCCCUGUUUUACCGAAAUGAUUGAGACAAGCGUGAGCCCAAAGUAAAUGCAGAUUUGUUUAAGAAGCAGUUAGCAACAAUGCCCAAGUCUAGCUGCAUUGUUGCAACUCUUAGUAACCUUGUAAAUAUCUGAAUCAUGCUGUCCUGUGCAAUUUGCUUGGACAGUUGAAUUGAAACCACUGUAAGUCCAUGUGCUUUGAGAGAAGAGUUUGUGUCUGCACAGCUGAGUUAAAACACAAUUUGGAGUCACCUUUUACUGGAUUGUAACAUUUACUACUUGCUUUUGGUAUCCAGUUAUUUGAUUUGAGGUGCAGAAUUCAAAUCCCAAUUUAAGUGAGACCCCCUGGAGGAACAGAAUUUGAUUGUGUUGAAUUUCUAGUAUUCCAGGCACCAAAACACCUUAUAAUAUGAAAUGGUGACAGGCACAAUAAAACUAAAACAAGGUGGAAGGAUGUUUUUUGGACAUGAUGCAAACUUUGUUAUAUCUAAGGUGGGGAAGCAACAUCAAAAAAAAAAUGAAGACUCACUACAGUGAAUCCAGACAAGCAAAAGAAGUGGUCCGUCCGUCCCCCCCCCAAGCUAGUCUGCAUCAUUAGGGGCACAGACUGGGUAAAAAUGCAGCGGUGUUGCUUUUGUGACACAAGUGACAGUAAGGUUGAUAAAAUAUUAUACAAAGCUAACCUCUGUUGCUGUGCUCAACUGUAUAGGCAUGGUGUGCUGUUUUAGAAUACCCCAUAAAUAGAACUGCCUAAAACA